AUGAAGGCCAGGGGAGCUACCAAUGCGGCAGCUCUGCUGUUGGCAUUCCUCUGGGCAUCGCCGGUACAGCCGGUGCUGGCCAAGGACGAGCCGACCUUCUACGUCAAGGAGUUUGAUCACUAUCCGCAAAACCUCAACUACUUUGACCAGUCAGACGUGAUCCUCUUCCAGGACGUCUCUUCACAGAAUGUAUGGCGCUCUCCUGACGGCGGCUCGACCUGGUCCAUCAUCGACGACGUCCCCGACGGCAAGGCCUUCGCCCUCGUCCUGCACGAGUUCGACAACAAGCGCGCCUACAUCCUGACCGAGUCUACCUCCCACUGGCGCACCGAAGACCAGGGCAAGACGUGGAAGAGCUUCUUUACCGACUCCGAGUUCAACAUCUUCCGUUCCCAGAUCUUCAACUUCCACGCCAGCGACCCGGACCGCAUCAUAUUCAAUGGCAUGGACUGCAAGGGCAUCUUUUGCGACGAGGUGGCCAUGUACACGCUCGACGGCUUCAAGACCGACGCCAAGUUCCUGCGCGGCAACACCGAGGGCUGCUGGUGGGCCAAGGGCUCCGACCUGUUCACCACCGGCCAGUCCGACCUAGACAAGCAGCGCAUCAUGUGUAUCCUCCGAGAUACCUUCUCGCCGCUCAAGCAGGACAACCGACUGAUUAUCUCGGACAAUUACUUCAGCGCCCUCAGCGCCGACGGCAAGAUCCAGGAGUACGAGCCGAACCUCGACACCGACAGGCCGGUGCAGGGUAUCAUCAAUGUGGCCUCUGUCAAGAAGUACGUCCUAGCCGCCUCCGCCUCCCUGAAUACGGACGAGAUGGCUCUGUUCGUCAGCGACGACACCCUCAAUUGGCACAGGGCUAUGUUCCCGGAGGAUCACCGCCUCGAUCAGGAGGCCUACACGGUGCUCGAGAGCACCAACUACAGCAUCCAGGUCGACGUCAUGACCACCCGCCCGUCCAACCCCAUGGGCGUCAUGUUUACGAGCAACUCCAACGGCACCUUCUUCACCCGAAAUAUCGAGCAUACCAAUCGUAACAUGAUGGGCCACGUCGACUUCGAGAAGAUUGCUGGCAUCCAGGGCAUCUUCCUCGUGAACAAGGUGGAAAACUGGGAGGACGUGGAGAAGCAGUUUCUGACGGAGAAGAAGAUCGUGUCCGAGAUCACGCACGAUGACGGGCGGACGUUCAAUUUUGUACAGACGCACGACGCUGGCAGCAGAAUUCACCUGCACUCUGUCACGCAACAAAUUAACGCCGGCCGUGUCUUCUCGAGCCCCGCGCCCGGUCUGGUCAUGGCCAAUGGCAACACCGGAGACUAUCUCAAGCCAUACGCUGAGGCCUACCUAUACAUCUCGGAUGAUGCUGGCAUGCACUGGCUGGAGGGACCCAAGGGGCCACAUAAGUACGAAUUUGGAGACCAAGGCACCGUCCUCGUCGCCAUUCACGACUCCAAUAAAGUCGAUGUGGGGGAGAUCAAGUACUCGCUUGACCACGGCCAGACCUGGAAGGUACAGGAGCUCCCCAACGGUCUCAAGAUCAAGCCGUGGGUCCUGACCACGACCCCCGACUCUACGAGUUUGAAGUUCCUGCUGUCUGGUCAGACCGGCGACGAGCUGAACCCCAAGUUUCAGGUCAUCUCGAUCGACUUCGAGGGCCUGCACGAGCGGACGUGCGACAAAGGCGACAUGGAAGAGUGGUGGGCCAGAGUCGACGAGGAUGGGAAGCCUACCUGUCUCAUGGGCCACACACAGAAGUAUACGCGCAGAAAGAAGGAGGCGGACUGCUUCAUGAAGCAAGAGUUCAACCUGGUCGAGGUCCAGACGACCAACUGCGACUGCACCGACGAUGACUUCGAGUGUGACUACAACUUUCGCCGCGAGAACGGCGAGUGCGUUGCUGUCGGCCCGAUCCAGGCUCCCAAUGGAGCAUGCGCAAACGCCAAGCCCGAGGACACAUUUAUGGGAUCCUCAGGGUGGCGGCUCAUCCCUGGCAAUACCUGCAAGAGGAAGAAGGGUGAACCGCAGAAGGACGACUUCAAGGAGUGGAAGUGCGCCGACUCCCACACGCCGCCCAAGGGACCGGCCAGCGGCGAGGUCAAGAGCGCACAACACGUCUUCGAAAACACCAUGAAGGCCGAAGUACGCUAUCUGGAACGGGGUGAGACCAGCCGGUCAGAUGACGAGACCAUCAUCGCAAGGGGCGGCGGCAAGAUCCUGAUCACGCACGACGGUGGUCUCACUUGGGACGCGCCCAGCGCGCUGGCUCGAGACUUUUGGGACUUUGUCCCUCACACGUAUUUCAAGGACAUGGUGCUCUUCAUCCAGCGAGACGGCACAAUCGUGUACACCGUCAACCACGGGCAGUCCUUUGAUGAGUUCAAGGCUCCCACUCCGCCCGACACCGACAUCCCACGCUCACCGUUCGCCUUCCACCCUGACAAGAAGGACUGGAUCAUCUGGGUCGGCAAGAAGUGCACAAGCACCAAUGAGAAUUGCUAUCCGGAAGCCUCGCUCUCCACGGACCGCGGCGACCAUUGGCAGACCCUCAAGCGCUACGUCAGCCGCUGCGAGUUCACCGGCUCCACUGCCUUUAACAACUUCCGCCCGCAGGACCAGAUCAUAUGCCAGGCCAGUACGAAGGAGGACAACAGCCGCAUUGACAACCCGUGGCAGCUCGUCGCCGGGCCUGCCAACGACUUCGAUGACCAGGGCAAGGUUGUGCAGAGCGACGUCAAGGACUUUGCGACCAUGUCUGAGUUCAUCGUCGUCGCCACGCAGAACGUCACCAAAAACACACUCCGUGCUCUUGCCAGUCUUGACGGCGAAACUUACGCCGAGGCUCAGUUCCCAUACAACUUUGAAGUCUCUGAACAGCAUGCAUACACCGUUCUCGACAGCUCGACGCACGCGGUCAACCUCUUUGUUGCUACCGACCUCGAACCAGACAGGUGCUCCGGGUCCAUCCUGAAGAGCAACUCCAACGGCACGUCCUAUGUCAUGAGCAUCGCAGGCGUCAACUGCAACCAGGACUAUUUUGUCGACUUUGAAAAGAUGCUCGGCCUCGAGGGCGUCGAGAUGGUCAACAUUGUGGCGAACAAGGACAAGCCCAACGAUCCAAAGAAGCUGCACUCACAGAUCAGCCAUAACGAUGGCGCUGAGUGGGCAUACCUACCGCCUCCCUCCAAGGACAUGGACGGGAAGUCUACUGGCUGCAGCGGCGACGGAACCGAGAAGUGCGCCUUGCACAUCCACGGGUACACAGAGCGCAAGGACCACAGCAGGACAUACUCGUCUGCGGGUGCGGUGGGUCUCAUGUUCGCAUGGGGCAAUGUCGGCGAGUAUCUUGGCAGGAAGGACGAGGCCGACACCUACAUGACGACGGAUGCCGGCAUGACUUGGAAGCAGGUCAAGAAGGGCCGCUGGCUGUGGCAGUACGGAGACCAGGGGUCCAUCAUCGCCCUGGUUCCUCUCGAUAUCAAGACACAGACCGUGUCCUAUACCACCGAUGAGGGUGACACCUGGACGGACUUCAAAUUUGCCGACAAGGAAAUGAUGGUGUCCGACUUCACCACGCAGAGCUCGGGUGUGUCUCGAAAGUUCAUCGUCUGGACCCAAGAUGGAACUUCAACCGUGGCCUCGACCGUCGACUUCACGGGUCUGGCAGACCGUCCCUGCCUGCAAAAGGAUGACCCGAGCGAGUCCGACUACCGGAUCUGGUCACCCAGCCACCCUCUACAGCGUGAUGAGUGUCUCUUUGGGCAUGUCACACAGUACAUGCGCAAGAAGACGGACAGGCAAUGCUACAACGGCUACAGGAUCGAGCAUGUCUAUAAUUCCAAGAACUGUACCUGCAGUCGGCGUGACUACGAAUGUGACUACAACUUCGAGCUCGUUGGUCAUGGUGCCUGUAAGUUAGUGCCUGGCUUCCAGCCCAUGGACCACAGCGAGUACUGCAAGCAAAACCCAGACCAGGUCGAGUAUUACGAGCCUACGGGCUAUCGCAAGAUUCCUCUGUCGACGUGCGUGGGCGGCGUAGAGUUCGACAAGCAGAGCGAGCCGCACGUAUGCCCAGGCAAGGAGGACGAGUUCAAGGAGCGCCAUGGCCUCUCUGGCGUGGGCCUGUUCUUCGCCAUUACAAUCCCCUUCGCGGCGGCCGGAGCCGCCGGCUGGUGGGUGUGGCGCAACUGGAGCGGCAAGUUUGGACAGAUCCGUCUUGGCGACACGUCCGGUGCAGGCUUCGGGGCUGGCGCGUUUGACUCGGACUCGCCGUUUGUGCGGUAUCCUAUCAUCGCCCUUAGUGCGGCGGUGGCGGUAGCAGGGGCGAUACCGUUGGUCGUGGCCGGCCUCUGGAGGACGGGCGUCGCAGCACUGGACAGGCUGCGGUAUGGAGGUGGUGGAGGCUUCUCAAGGCUGGGAGGCGGGAGCAGGCCGUUCACGACGCGGGACAGCUUUGCAAGGGGCAGAGGAGACUAUGCCACUGUCGAUGAUGAUGAGGGAGAACUGUUGGGCGAGGACAGUGAUGAGGAGGUAUGAGGACGGCCGCCGACUUGAGUAACAUCUAUCUUACUCGGGUCAUUGUUGUUUUGGGUAGUGGUUUUUUCACUUGUAGGGGCCGUUAUAUUACGACUGGGGUGAAAGACAUGUUUGGCGCUUGGGGUGUCUUUUUCUUUGUCUGUCUCUCCUGUCUCUCUGUGUGUCUGCAUGUGUGUUUGUCGGUUCGGUGUGGCUUGCUGUGCACACUAUAUUUCAACAAGAGUGUAAAGAAAAGAAAAAGGCCCAGCUCAGGCUCCAGGCCCUUUGUCAUCAUCAUCAUCACCAUCACCACCACCACCAAGGAGAGAGGUAUUGGAUGGGUUCGGUGAUACUGUCGGAAUUAGAAGUCUUCAUAACUGCAAGGCAGGAUAGAAUCGAGGAGAGCGAGAGUGAAAUGAUUUAUACAUCCUAUCU